AUGGUGAUGAUCUUAACCAAAAGUCGGGAAAACAAAGGUGCUGACUCUGUAACAUGCAGGACUGAGCUGCACACUCCAAAGAUGAGUCAAGGACCUACCCUCUUCUCUUGUGGCGUGAUGGAAAAUGCCAGAUGGAGAGACCCCAGCAGGAAAUGUCCACUUCAGCUCGAGCAGCCGGGCGCCAGCAUCUGGGACUGCUUGUCGGACAAGGGCGAGGAGGGCUCGCGCUGGCCGAGGGAGGCGGCCAGCACCUGCUCCGUCACCAACCUGAUCAAAGACCUCAGCCUCAGCGACCCCCACGGCAACCCCUCAGCCCCCCCCAGCAAGCGCCAGUGCCGCUCGCUCUCAUUUUCCGAUGAAAUGUCAAGCUGCGGGACCUCGUGGAGACCCUUAGGCUCGAAGGUUUGGACCCCGGUCGAGAAACGGCGGUGUUACAGCGGGGGGAGUGUGCAACGCUACUCCAACGGCUUUGCCACCAUGCAGAGGAGCUCGAGCUUCAGCCUGCCCUCACGGUCCAACCCGCUCUCCUGCGAGCAUCCCGCCCUCAGCAGCCGGCUGGGAUGCCAGCUCGGCACGGGGCCGAGGAAAUCAGUCACCAGCAGGCACGGAGGAGAGCGGGUGGACAUGCAGAGGUCCCUCUCCUACUCGCAUGACCACUUCUCCUCCUCAGAGUACUGCCCGCCCUCGGCAAGCAGCACGCCUGCCUCCACGCCGGAGCUGGGGCGACGGGCCGGUGGGCUCUCCCGAAGCCGCUCACAGCCCUGUGUCCUGAAUGACAAAAAGGUCGGGAUCAAGCGACGGAGACCGGAGGAGGUUCAGGAGCAACGGCCCUCGCUGGACCUCGCCAAGAUGACGCAGAACCGCCAGACUUUCAACAGCCUUACCUGCCUUAGCGCCGCGGCCGAGGAUGGCUCCCAGCGGCUCCCCGGCCCCCAGCCAUGGCCCCGCUCCCCGGAGGUGAUGCCGGGCAGGACCCCCGCCUGCACCCCGGUGCCGGAGCCGCCGUGCUCGCGGGCCGACGAGCGCCGGGCCAGCAGGGACGACCUCUCCUGCGAGGAGGAGGAGGAGGGUGGCGGGAAGGAGGAGGACGGGGUGGCGUGGCGGAGCGGUGGGACGGGCGCCGAGAGCCUCUUCCAGCUGGACGGCGAGAUAGAUAUCGAGCAGAUAGAAAACAACUGA